GUGGGAUUUCCUCCUCUCCUCCUUCUCAACAUCAUCUUUUUGCUCAUCCCAGGGAUGUAUCGGCGUUUGCUGCACCUGUUUUAUGCCUUAUUCUGGGGUUUGGAGGCUGAAAUGCCCUGUUUUACCUAGUAACCACACGACAAGGUUUAACCGGCCUGUUCGCUGUCAGCAGAGGGGCCUCCAUACAGUGUGAUCUGAGGUAACGAUAGAGGAUGUGUUGAUUUUGUCGAGGUGAAGCAGUGAGACAGCAUCUUUGCCGGUGACACAUCGUUAGCACUUCUGUUGGACAAGCCCUCCAGGACACCAUGUCAGACAAAAGUGACCUAAAGGCAGAACUUGAGCGCAAGAAGCAGCGCCUUGCCCAGAUCAGGGAGGAGAAAAAAAGAAAAGAGGAGGAGAGGAAGAAGAAAGAGGUAAGGAAAAAAUCAGAGAUCCAGCAGAAGAAAGAGGUCACGCCUGAAGAUUCAGACUUAGAUCGCAAGCGCAGGGAGACCGAGGCCCUGCUACAGAGCAUUGGCAUCUCCCCGGAGCCGCCCCUAGUCCCGACCCCCAUAUCCCCGUCCAAAUCAGUGAGCACGCCCAGUGAGACGGGGAGCCAGGACUCUGCUGAUGGAGGAGCAGCUGGCAGGUCAGGUUUCUCUAAAAACAAGCUCCAAGCACAGACCUCAAGGACAUUGCAGUGGGACACAGACCCCUCUGUGCUGCAGCUACAAGCUGAUUCUGAGCUCGGGCGGAGGAUGCAGAAGCUGGGGGCCUCUAAGAUCACACAGGUAGACUUCCUUCCAAAAGAGGUGGUCUCUUACAGCAAAGAGACACAGACACCAUCCAGCUCCCACAUAUCUGAGGUAGAGGAGGAAGAGGAAGAUGAAGAGAUGAUGGAGGCAAAACCAGGUCCAGAGUCAGAGCAACCAGAUGAAGAUGACAACAAGGAAACCAAAGAAGGUUCAUUUCCAGUGCUUCGAGAGUUGACAGAGGAGGAGAAGCAGCAGAUCCUGCAUUCCUCCGAGUUUCAGAGCUUCUUCGACUGUAGCAUACGGGUGAUGGAGAGAGCUCUGGCUGAAGACAGCGACAUUUUCUUCAACUACAGUGGCCGAGAACUUGAGGACAAAGAGGGGGACUUGGGUAGCGGCUCCAGUCUGUCCUUCAGCAGACUCUUCUAUGAUGAGCACUGGUCCAAGCAUCGUGUCAUCACCUGUCUCGACUGGUCACCUCAGUAUCCAGAGUUGCUGGUUGCCUCCUACAACAACAACGAAGACGCUCCCCAUGAGCCAGAUGGCGUUGCCUUGGUGUGGAAUAUUAAAUUCAAGAAGGCCACUCCAGAGUACAUCUUUCACUGUCAGUCUCCAGUGGUGUCUGUUGGUUUUGCCCGGUUUCAUCCCAACCUGGUGGUAGGAGGAACUUAUUCUGGACAGAUUGUCCUAUGGGACAACCGCAGUCACCGCCGGACCCCUGUCCAGAGGACCCCUCUCUCUGCUGCUGCUCACACUCACCCGGUGUACUGCGUGAACGUGGUCGGCACCCAGAACGCCAACAAUUUGAUCACUGUGUCUACAGAUGGCAGGAUGUGCUCCUGGAGUCUGGACAUGCUCUCCCAGCCUCAGGAGACCAUGGAACUGGUGUAUAAUAAAUCUAAACCUGUGGCGGUGACAGGCAUGGCCUUCCCCACUGGAGAUGUUAACAACUAUGUGGUGGGGAGCGAGGAGGGCACUGUGUACACAGCAUCGAGACACGGCAGUAAAGCGGGUAUCUGUGAGGUGUUCGAGGGCCACCAGGGCCCCGUCACAGGCAUCAGCUGUCACAGCGCAGUGGGCACUGUGGACUUUUCCCACCUUUUCAUCACAUCCUCCUUCGACUGGACCGUCAAACUCUGGAGCACCAAGCACAACAAGCCUCUGUACUCUUUUGAGGACAACGCUGACUAUGUGUAUGACGUCAUGUGGUCGCCCGUGCAUCCCGCCAUCUUUGCUGCCGUGGAUGGCAUGGGCCGCCUGGACCUGUGGAACCUCAACAACGACACUGAGGUACCAACUGCAAGCGUGACCAUUGAGGGCGCUUCAGCUCUCAACAGAGUUCGCUGGUCAUCAGCAGGGAAGGAGGUGGCUGUGGGGGACUCAGAGGGCCGAGUUUGGAUCUACGAUACAGGAGAGCUUUCGGUGACCCACACUGAUGACUGGGCACGCUUCGCUCGCACACUGAUGGAGAUUCGAGCUAACCGGGCAGAUGGCGAGGAAGAGGGGCCUAUGGAGCUGGCUUCAUAGAAAAGGACUCCAUAACCAUAGUUGGAGUGAAUCGGGGACCUGGCGCGCUUUCAUCGGUGUCACUGUGGCAUGUGCUCCUCACUCACUCACUUUUGUUUCUCCACCUUCACAUACACGUUCCAGUCUGCGCCACACAAGAAAGAGCUUUCUUUGUAAUUUCGCAUUUGUUCUCUUCGUAGGUGCACACUGUCCAGAAAUGGGUAAACUGUUGACUUGACGACUGAUUUGUCUGUCUUUUUUAUUUGAUUAACAACUUUAGGUGAUGUGUUGCUUGCAACUCAUGAACCUUCAGUAUAUAAAAAGUGGCAGUCUUAUAGCCUUAUGAAGAUAUGUGUACUGUACCAAUGCUUUGCACUAUGGCAAAAAUAAAGCAGGGUCGUUGAAUAGUCAUGUAUUGUUUACAAAAAGUCAUGUUCACACUAUGUUGUGCUUCUUUUCUCUGUAUUAAGCCUGCAUGCACAUUCCUAAAAUAUUCCUGGUACAGAACAUGGAGCUGCUUUAUGUUUCAGUAAGUGUCAGAAACUGAAUCAAGUGUGCUUUUCUGUACUGAAUGAAAGCUGCAACUGUAUAUUCUAUAAUGAAGUGUAACUAUUAAGAGGUAUAUUGUAAUUCAGAGUGAUUACUGUGAAACCUGCUGUUUGCUAUUAAAAGAUAGCCGACCAA